GGCGGCAAUUUUUGCGCGGGAGUCCUUGGUCCCUGUGCUUCAUGUUGGCAAUUUUUGCGCGGGAGUCCUUGGUCCCUGUGCUUCAUGUUGGCGGCAAUUUUUGCGCGGGAGUCCUUGGUCCCUGUGCUUCAUUUCAAGCCAAUUUGUGUUCUGAUUGUGCCGGUCAGACGGUCCGCCAUCUUCCUGGACUGAAGUGAGUGGGCUGAUGGUGAUGAGUGCCACGUGGAAAGGGACGGUGACCACGUGUCACGUGGUAAGCAAGCGUGUGAGAGCUGCAGGUAUGGCUGCCUCAGUAUCCGGAGCCAAGCUCGCGUGCAGGUUCCAUGGCGGCCAUCAUCUGAAUCCGCAGUUUCAUGGGCCGGUUGGUUGUGAGGCUCGUUAUCGGGGAAUGACGGUACGGACGGCGAUGAUUGGUGGCCUCAGCGUCUGCCACGUGGCAAGCGUGGGCACGCAGGCUGCCAGGAUUUGCGCGGAAGCGCAAGGCCAAGGUCAGAUAUUGGGCUCCGACUCAUCCAAUCAGCAACGUCCAGCGCCGCAGUCAGGAGCCGCAUCGACCGGUCGGCAAACACAGCGAAUGCCGUCGGGAUCGCCAUCGAUUUCUCCGUCUGCCACGUUACCCCCGUCCUCCACUUUUAGACCCCUCGCGGACAUAAUCUGCGAUCUUAACCGGAAAGUUCCGGAGAAUCUGCUUAAAAUCAAGAUUGAUCAUGGAUUCCAGUUGAAAUAUAUUCCGUGGUUCCAUGCAAAUAGAAUGCUGAACUUCUAUGCACCAGGGAGAGGGAGGAUGGGGAGGGCAUCUGGCAUGAGGCAAGCAGGAUAUAGGAGAGCAAGACGAUGCUCUUCAACAGCUUGCUUUGCUAGCAGCGGCCACCCUGUGGCAGCAACCACCAGUUUAAAGCAGGACGAGGAGUUGAGAUCUUCUAGUUCGGAGACCGAGCAGCGUCAAACGCUGUCGAUAACACAACCGGACGACUGGCAUCUUCAUCUGAGGGAUGGAUCAUUUAUCGCAUCGGUGGCCAAACACAGUACUGAACAGUUCGCACGUGCCAUAAUCAUGCCCAAUCUUCGGCCGCCAGUGACCACUACUGAUAUGGCGACUCAGUAUCGUGAUCGCAUUUUGGCAGCACUCCCAGUAGGCUCCAACUUCGAGCCAUUAAUGACUCUCUACCUCACUGAUAACACAACUCCGGAAGAGAUUCAGAAGGCUAAGCAAAGUGCUGUUGUCCAUGCCAUCAAGCUGUAUCCUGCAGGGGCCACAACAAAUUCAGAUCAAGGGGUCUCCAAUGUCAAUCGAUGCAUGCCUGCGUUGGAACGCAUGGUGGAAGUGGGGCUCCCAUUGCUCGUCCAUGGGGAGGUGACUGAUGCUUCCGUAGAUGUCUUUGAUCGGGAGCGUGUUUUCAUAGAGAGGGUGCUGGACCCUCUCCUAAAGAAGCUGCCAAAGCUGCGAGUUGUCAUGGAGCAUGUCACAACUUCCGAUGCAGUUGAUUUCGUCGAGUCGUUCCCAGAGGGAAUGGUUGCUGCAACGGUAACGCCACAACAUUUGCUAUUGAACCGGAAUGCCAUCUUCACCGGAGGGCUGCGACCACACAACUACUGCUUGCCUGUUCUGAAGAGGGAGUCACACAGGAGAAGACUGAUUGAAGUUGUGACCAGCGGUUCUCGUCAGUUUUUCCUUGGAACCGAUAGUGCACCACAUGAGCGCCAGACAAAGGAGAGUUCAUGUGGUUGUGCUGGAAUUUAUAGCGCACAUGCUGCGUUGAGCCUGUAUGCGCAUGCAUUUGAACAGGCAGGUGCACUCCACAUGCUUGAAGCAUUCGCAAGCUUCAAUGGCCCAGACUUCUAUGGGCUGCCACGAAACACCAAGCAAAUUACACUUGUCAAAGAGCCAUGGGUUGUACCGGAAACGUAUGCAUUUGGGGAUGGCUGGCAUGGGGACGUUCGUAACAUUACUUUCUCGCCCGACAACAAGACUGUAACUGUCGUGUACAGAGUGACAAUUCGUGGUGCUGACGGAGAGGUUUGGCGGGAAUCGUCAGGCACAGCGUCAACCAGCGAUGAUGGAUUUGGAGACCCUGUUCAGAAGGCCGAGGGCAUGGCAUUCCGCAGGGCAUGUGCUCGUUUUGGCCUGGGGCUUCACCUUUACCAUGAUGAGGACAAGACAUGAGGAUGACACCAUGCAACCAUUUUAUUUUCUGUAUCUUUUUCCCUUUCUUAUUCUUCUUUUUUUUCUUACUCCCUUUUUUCUUUUUGAGUUACGUCCUUAUGCUCCUGGCUCCCUCUGGGGAGAUUCAGCGCGGUUCCUUUUCCACAGGCAAGUUACAGGUAUCACAGCACCAGAUGCAAAGUUCGCAAAUGCUUUCUUUGGUUGAGGUCGAAGUGAACCCUGGAGUCUGGACUGGUUAACGGGGACCCCUUAUUUUCAGCCCCUGACUAACGGGCCCCAAACUGAAAUUAGGGAAAUUGGGGGUCAGUUUUUGUGUUUUUUUUUUUUUUUUUUUUUUUUUUUUUGACUGUUUUUGUUUUAGGUCAAGGUUACUGUGUGUCAAAUUUGACGGUUCAAAGAUCUUCUCUUGACAUUUCUGAAAUUUCUGAAAUUUUCUGAAAUUUGGGUUGGCCAAAUUUUGACGAAUUUUCAUGAAAAACUUGAUGAAAGUGCACCUUGGCCUUGAAGUUUUAUGCUGUUUUUGUUUUUUUUUGUUUUCUUUUGCUGUUAGUUAGUAUGGGUGACGAGUUCAAUUAAAAUGGGGUUUGGAUUUUCUUAUAAAUUGCAUGACAAUUUUCUGUAAAUCCGGGCCUCCAUUAACCUCCUCUCGUAUGGGGUGGUAUGCCAGAUUGACUUUAUGAACAAGAAUGUACAGGAGUCUUUCAAGCCCGGGCUCUGUGAGUUGUUUUCCUUCCAGCCUUGUGCGUCAUCUCUUCUCCCUUGUUUUUCCUUGUUUUUUCCUUUCUUCCAUCUUCCUUCUUUUCUUCUCUGUUUUUUAAAUCAUUUCUUUGGAAAAAGUAGUAGUUCUACUAUCCUUCUGGACUAGGUAGCUCAUCUGAAAUUGUCCUACUUGUGCACCUCACACAUCUUUCUCUUCUCUUGUUCCGUGUCAGCUUGUCUGCAAGCAAUUUAUGGCCAGGACAAGUCUGUUUGCAAGGAUAGGGUGAAAUGCACGGCCUUCUGCAGGAUGUGUGCCUGCUUCUUGCUCAAGGUUACAGCUUCCACGGGGAUUGGGAAUUCAACCUCCAGUUCAUACGAGCCCAAGUUGAUGAAGUUACCUUCCAAGGCUCGUGAGUCAUGAGCCUGCAACUGCGUUUUUUCAAAGUGGUCUGCCGGUUUCGCUACCGAACCAGGCCUGAAUUGAAAUGCUCUUCCCGUGUAAACCGGUAAGAGCAGUACUCUGCUUGUGUGAGCUGGCGGUUCAAGAGCAGAGAAUGAUUGUAAAACAAAAUUGCAGUGUCAUA